UGCUUCCCAUUUCAAAAUUUCUCUGAGCCUUAAUUUUCUGUGGUUUAAAUAAGCAUGACUCACAAUUCCAAAUUAAGAGCGAGCAAAAACCAGAAGCAUGAGACGUAUCACAGUAAAUAAACACAAGCUCCUUUUUUGACAGUAAACAAGUGACUGGUUGCUAUGGCAGUUUAUCGAUAAUAUUUGUUUCCCUUUUUUUCCUUUCAUAUAUUAAAAUAAGUAUUUAAUAACGUGUUAAGAAAGUUUCAUAAAUUUCAUGAAAUCUUUGCUUUUAAACUUUACGUUAGUUUCUUCAAAAUAGCCUUUCUAUUGUCGAAAGUAGUAUAGUAUAUAUUAUAAAAUUCUUAUAAAUAUAAUCCUGUGCAUUGAUUUGUCAGCAUGCCGAUCCCCGGCCUUGAACAUUUUCCUGUUGAAGAAUCUUCGUCAUCAUCAGGAGAAGGAAUCACACUUCUUUCCUUCGAUCUUCAGCCAUUUAAAAUACCUGAGUUACAUGUGUCUGGGAAAUGUCGCCAUAUUUCUGAAUUCAACAAAAUUUCUCACAUUGGAGAAGGGGCACAUGGUACAGUUUAUAAGGUUCUUGAUAUAAAGAGUGGAGAGGUGGUUGCCUUAAAGAAAUUGAAAAUUUCAAAAGAUGAAUUGGCGUGCAUAUCCAUAUACUGCUUGCGAGAAAUCACUAUUUUAAAGAAUUUGGAACAUUGUAAUGUUACACACUUUUAUGGUGUUGCUGUUGGAAAAAGUUUUGAAAGCACGUAUCUCAUUCAAGAGUAUUGUCCAUUUAGUCUUUCAAAAGUUAUUGAUGAUGAAAAGGCUAUUUUUGAUCAAUCUCAGAUUAAGGGCGUCAUGACUCAGCUUUUUGAAGGCUUAGCAUAUGUUCACAGUAAACAUAUUAUACACAGGGAUUUGAGUGUGACAAAUAUUUUAUUUACAUCAAGUGGUAUUUUAAAAAUUUCUGAUUUUGGUUUUUCACGAUUGACAUCAAAUGGUGAAAUGACUCCAAAUGUGGUUUCACGAUGGUACAGAGCACCGGAAAUUUUAUUUGGAGCUAAAACAUACACUUCAGCCAUUGACAUGUGGGCUGCUGGCUGUAUUUUUGCUGAAUUAAUUCAUAGGAAGCCUUUAUUUCCUGCUGAUACAGACAAUGACAUGAUUAAGCUUAUUAUUGAUACUAUAAGCUCUCCUAAUGAAACUCUUUGGCCAGGCUUUACUGAGUUACCGCUACUGAAAAAUUACGAAAUUCGCCAGCAAUCUUCUAACAGACUAAGGCAAAUAUUUCGUGACCAGCCAAAGACAUGCAUUACACUUCUUCACAAGCUAUUUUUAUACAACCCUGAAACAAGGUAUUCAGCAAGAAGUAGUUUACAACACACUUAUUUCAUGGAUGAACCUCAUGCAUGUUCUGAAGCUGCUCUUGUUCCUACUCUUCAAAUAUCAGAAACAAUUUAAGCUUCAAUGUUAAAAAGAAAUCGAAAUGUAAUUUUAUAUAAAAUUUAACCGCCAACAUGAAUUAUGGCACCAUUUGUAUAUAAAUAUUUUUUAAUUUUGUAUAAAGCUCAUAUCACAAAUGUGUUUAAUAAAUCAUUUAAUAUGUUUCA